AGAACCAGAUCCAUCCGCCACCCUUCUCACCAACCCCACUGUCCCGAUUCAUUUCUCUCUCUCUCUCUCGCUCAGGGUUUUUAUUGUUCUCUUUCAUUAACUUUAUUAUUUAUUCAUAAACCCACAUCCCACCGGCCGGCAAUACAUCGAUCAUACCGCCGGCCGUUUCCAAAUCAUCAUCAUUCAUCCAUCUCUUUAAGAAAAAAAGGUUAUUUUCGCUUAAAGUUGAAGCUGAAUACAAAUAUAAUAAUAAUAAUAAUAAAAUAAAUAAUAUGGGUUCUAUAGCUCAGUUAAAUUACAGCCAUGUUACUGAGAGUAAUCAUCAUUUGAAUCCUGCUAGACAUAUUCCUAGUUUUCGGUUACCAAACCUUAGUGACAAAAAACUCGUCGAUUUAACCUGUUCCUCUUUUGGAUCAAAGCCAGUUAAGGUUAGUUUAUUGUCUAACCGACAACCGGUUCCAACCCCUUGUGUUGGUGGUGGUGGUGGUAGUGUUGGUCAUGGAAGUGGUGGCAGGGGAGGCGAUGGUGGUGGUGGUGAUUGGAGUGGCGAUGGAAAAUCAGAUGAGUCGUCGUCUUUUGAUAGUUUCGGACCGAUUGGGGCGUUUCUUAGUGGUUGGAGAUCAAGGGUGGCGGCUGAUCCUCAAUUCCCUUUCAAGGUUUUGAUGGAGGAAGUCGUGGGUGUGAGUGCGAAUGUGUUUGGUGACAUGGCAAGCCGUCCGAAUUUUGGUCUAAAUGAGCUUGAUUUUGUGUUUUCUACGCUAGUUGUAGGUUCAAUCUUGAAUUUUACUCUUAUGUAUCUAUUAGCACCAACUAUGGCGUCUGGAUCAGCAACGGCAACCUUACCUUUUAUUUUUGCCAAUUCACCAACAAGCCACAUGUUUGAGCCUGGUGCAUAUAGUUUGGUUAACCGGUUAGGUACAUUUGUGUUCAAAGGUACACAAUUUGCGGCCGUGGGGUUUGCAGCUGGUUUAGUAGGAACAGCGUUAUCAAAUGGGUUGAUUAAAAUGAGAAAGAAAAUGGAUCCGAGUUUUGAACCACCAAACAAGGCUCCACCAACUGUUUUGAAUGCUCUCACGUGGGCGGUUCAUAUGGGUUUAAGUGCAAAUCUUAGGUACCAAAGUUUGAAUGGGAUUGAGUUUGUGUUGGCCAAAACGCUUCCACCAUUAGCGUUCAAGAGCUCUGUGGUCGGGUUGAGAACGGUGAACAAUGUUUUAGGAGGAAUGACAUUUGUUCUGUUGGCAAGGUUGACUGGAUCGCAAAGUGCUAGUGGUGAAGGUAGUACUGUUGUUGAUGAAGAAAGUUCAGAUGAGGAGAAGAAGUUAUUGGGUAAUGAAAUUCCUUCAAAGUGAGUGUUGUUUGAUGCUUGUUUACUACCCAAUAAAAUCAACAAAAAGAUUAGUGGCUUAAUGAUAUGGUUAUGUAAUAUUAGGGUAGUGGUAUGGAUAUGAAUUUUUGUGCAAUUAAAAUAAGUUUUAUGUA